AUGCCAUUGUUGAAGGACAAUGCACUGAAGGGCUGCUCCACCAACCCCAACCAAGCAAGCCAGAGGCGACAGUGGCAAGAUCCCAAACUCCACCAACUGAGAGAACUGCAGAACAAAACUUGGGAGAACGGGGUUGAGUUUGAGGCAUGUCUGGUCGCUCAGUGUGACUCUCUGAUUGAAGCACUCACUCGGCAGAAGGCCAAACUGCUCACCAAGGUCACCAAGGAGAAAGAGAGCAAACUGAAGACUGUAAAAGAUCAGAUAACCCACUGCACCAUGAAGCUCCGACAGACCACAGGGAUGAUGGAGUUCUGUCUGGAGGUUAUUAAGGAGAACGAUCCCAGUGGAUUCCUACAGAUCUCAGAUGCGUUGAUAAAGCGCGUCCUGGCAUCUCAGGAUCAGUGGGUAAAGGGUGCAUUGGAGCCAAAGGUCUGUCCAGAAUUCGCUUUGACCGUCAACACAGACCCUCUGAUGCAGUCGAUUCUCCAGCUGGACUUCACCCAGAAUAAAGCAGAAACACCCACAGUGCCUCCUGCACCGCUACUGCAGUUGGAGAAAUGCUGCAUGCGGAACAACAGCGCCACAUUGGCCUGGAGGAUAACCACAGUCCAAGCCCUGCCUGUUGAGGGUUACGUGCUGGAGCUGGAUGACGGGAAUGGCGGACCUUAUCGGGAAGUUUACGUGGGCAAAGAGACCGUCUGUACAGUGGACGGCCUUCAUUUCAACAGUUCCUACAGCGCUCGAGUAAAAGCCUACAACUCUGCUGGAGUGGGAGCGUACAGCAAAGUGGUGGUGCUGAAGACAUCUGACGUGGCAUGGUUCAGUUUCGACCCCACAUCCGCACACAGAGACAUUGUGCUAACCAAUGAAAACCAAACUGUGACGUGUAACAGUUACGAUGACCGUGUGGUGCUGGGAACUGCUGCUUUCUCCAAGGGUGUGCAUUACUGGGAGCUUAGCGUAGACCGCUAUGAUAACCACCCUGACCCUGCAUUCGGUGUGGCGCGGAUUAAUACCAUGAAGGACAUGAUGCUGGGGAAGGACGAUAAGGCCUGGGCUAUGUAUGUGGACAACAACCGCUCCUGGUUCAUGCACAACAACUCCCACACCAACAGGGCUGAGGGUGGCAUCACCAAGGGCUCGACUGUUGGGAUCCUGUUAGACUUAACAAAACACACCUUGACUUUCUUCAUCAAUAAACAGCAGCAUGGACCCAUGGCAUUCGAGAACUUGGAGGGUGUGUUCAUGCCUGCGGUCAGUCUCAACCGCAAUGUCCAGGUGACUCUGAUCACAGGUCUGGAAGUCCCAAAGAGUAUCAUGUGAUCAUCAUCUCUGACCAAUGGAAACAAGUCAACCCCUCCCCCCCUUCUUUUUUGUCAAACAAAAUCAGUGCUCUUAUACUGCACUGAUAUGUAACUUAUUCUGUUUUGGAAUAUUUGAUCUAGGUUAUAUAUUUUUCCCCUCAUGUUUAUGUGGGUGAUUUGCAUUUCAGUGUUUACAAAUCAUUCCCAUGUUUACAGAAAAGCAAACCACUGGAUGUCCCCAUGGGGGGCAAAGCUGGAGUCGGAGACCCCAAAGCACUUUGAAGUUGAGUUCUGCCUCUUUUUCGUUUUCAUACCUCCAAUGAAAGAUUAGCACAGUUCCAAAAAGAAAUGUAAUUUGGAUCAAAACCAACUUUUUUAGGCAUGUGAAAUG